GAAGAGCAAAGCUGUCUUUGUGUUCUGAAUUUUCAAGUCUGCAACAGCAGUUGCAAGAAAUAUUUUUAUCUUUAACUUGUCUGGCUCUCUCUUGGCAUUACUCUCUUGAUGUCCACUCUUGCUAACCAUUUGGUUAGCAAAAGGAUUGGGGAAACAACAGCACUGUGGAAAUUAAAGCUUUCCAUUCAUCCUUCACUCCAGCCAAACUACUCUGCAGAACAGUGGAUGUGGAGCAGCAUACUGGCAUUUUUUACAAAGCCUGUUGGCAUUUAAGUUUACCUCUACCCCACAAACCAGGUUCUGAUAUUUCUGCACUGCAACACUUUCUCUUAAACAAAGGGCUCAAGUAAUCUGUUUUGUGGGGCAGAAUGGAAUGUAAGAGUUCAGUUACGAUGGAUCUAUUAAUACCACACCAUCUUACCUUCUUGUCAACUGUCCUGUAGAUGAUAGAGGUUAUGAGUCUCAUUUAUUUGUUCCACAUUGCUUUCUGCAGGAUUUCCUUGGGUGAAGCAGAUGCAAGGCAGAAGUACAGUGGAACAGAUGCAAACCGGAUAAUUAACCGAGAGCUGAAAUGUGUAGUGAACUUUCUCACACAUCGCCAUGUAUCCACAUCAGCACACAUCCCUGUGAGCUCAGAGAGGGGAGGGAAGCUGUUAUAGGAAAGGAGCUUCAAGAGACAGUCAAAAGGAAGUUGGAAGGCACACGUUCACCUCUCAAUGGAGAACAACAGAACAGAGUUUGUGAUGGGAACUUUUCUCCAACCAGCAAGCGGACACGAAAGGAUGUGCCAGGCAUUGAGGCAAUCAACAGCUUGCCCAUUAAUUUGCCUUUGCCUGCUGUCUCUCCUCUUCACCAGCUUGACAUGAAAGCUGCUCUGCCCCUGCAGAACAGUGGAACUCACAGGAGUGGUCUAGAAGACUUGGGUGAAAAUGGUGGGCUUUCUGAGAUAAAGCUCCCUGUUAAUGGCUGCAAUGAGCUGGAUGAUAGUUUUAACAUCCUGCAGAACAAGGAACUAAAGCAAGAGCCUUCAGAUGACUCCAACUGCAUAGACACUUCUGAAACAUCUCUUUCGAAUCAGAACAAGCUCUUCUCAGACAUUAACCUAAAUGAUCAGGAGUGGCAGGAGCUCAUAGAUGAGCUGGCAAACACUGUCCCAGAAGAUGAUAUACAGGAUUUGUUCAAUGAAGACUUUGAAGAGAAGAAAGAGCCCGAAUUUCCCAGGCCUGCCACAGAGACUCAGGAGAGUGCAAGCAUAAAAAGUGAUCCAUCCCAUUCUCCAUUUGCUCAUGUCCCAUUAGGGUCUCCCCAGGUCAGACCAUCUUCUUCUGGUCCUCCAUUUUCCAACACUUCCAUAGGCUCCAGCAUUGCUUCUGCAUCCAGCGCACCACCAGUCCCAGUCCCUGCUGAAUCACCAGCAAACUGUGUUGUCCAGUCCCCUCAGACUCCCAGCCAGGCCCACACUCCUGGACAGAUGCAGGCACGCUCUGGAAACGGCUUCCGGAUGAACCCAGCAUCAGCCAUGGCAGGAUCGGGGCCUGGGCCAGUGAGCCUGCCAAGUGCUGAGCUGUCCCCAGCUGAGCAGCUCAAGCAGAUGGCAGCCCAGCAGCAGCAAAGAGCCAAGCUCUUGCAGCAGAAGCAGCAGCAACAUCCAAAUCAGCCCUCAUGCUGGUCACCGGUGGGGCCUCCAUCGAGUCCCUAUGGAGGACCCUUUGGUGCAGACAAACCAAAUAGUCCAAUGAUGUAUUCUCAAGCCUUUAACAACCAAAACCCAAUAGUGCCUCCUAUGGCAAACAAUUCCCAGAAGACCACAAUUAAUAACUACCUCCCUCAAAAUCACAUGAACAUGAUCAGUCAGCAGCCAAAUAAUUUGGGUACAAACUCAUUGAGUAAACAGUCCAAUAUGCUUUCUUAUGGCAACACCAAACCGCUGACCCAUUUCAGUACUGAUCUGAGUCAGAGGAUGACUCCACCAAUGGCAAAUCCUGGGAAGAACCCCAUGAUGCCAUACAUCCAGCAGCAGCAGUCCCAGCAGACACAGAUGCCAGCUCAGAUGGCACACCUGAGUGAGGAGCAGAAAUGCAUGCUCAUAAUGAAGCAGAAAGGAAUGAUAAAUCAGCCCUUGGCAUAUCCAACACUCCCUGCCCUUGGUCAGGAGCACUGGUUGGGACAUUUUUACACAAAGCAGAUACUGGUUUGGAUUUUUGAGUCAGGGAUUUUUCCAGAGGUGGCUUGAAGCUGGUCAAUAUGAAUGCACAAUGGUAAAAGAAAAAAGCAGCCCAAAGGAAUAAAAGUUGAAUGGCUGAGGCAAAAUUUGAAGUUUGGAGCCGCUUGUUUGAGGGAAAGUAAUAAGAUGUGAAAACAAAACAGAAUUCUCCAUGGGUGUAAGAAAAGUAAAACUAGACUACAGCUAUUUGCCUGCAUGGUGCUGUGUUCCGCAGUUGCAGGAUCAAGUCCAGGGAGGUUAUGGAUUCUGGUGACCGACAUGGGACUCAACGAGACGUGUUUCUGCUUGGUUGAUCUCAGGAAAUGAUUUAUUCUACACAAGAGCAAACUCAGCUUAAAUCCAGAGCCAGAGAGCCCAGAAUAGAGACAGGGUAGGGGUUUUAUGGGACUGACCCACAGUAUAGUUUAAGGUUGGGGUCUUAAUAGGGACAUAGGAAGGGAGAAGCUCCAGGGGCACAGAACCAAUCAGAGCACCCUGGGCUCCCACCCCAUGAGGGUCCGUGGUUGGGGCAACUCUUCCUGGGCUCACAAGGCCUAUCCCCAGAGGCAGAGGGUGGAAUUUAUUUUUCCUGGGCUUUAAAACCACGCCUCUCACUUUAACACUGCUUAUCUGAAACGAAAUCUUUGCCUCCCUGGGCGGGGGUACCCCACAGCAUGGGACUGUGAGAAUGCUGCAAUUAUUUCCUAGUAAAACCACUAGUUAUAUUGUUUAAAAUUGUUGGGAUGUGAAUGAAGGAGAGAAAUUACACCUUCCUGCAAACAUAUCUUCAUAUUUAAUUAUCUGUCCUUUGUUUAAAUCUUACAUAUUCAAGAUGUAUCAUCUGCUCAGUCUGGUUUUGCAUGCCAAAAAUAAAGGGAGACAUGUGUCCUAAGAAUAUUUCCGAAACAUAAUCAUCAUUGUCCUUUAGAAGUGAAAGGGUGUGUCUGUCUCUGAAAUUGUAAAAGAGAUUUUACACUUUCUUGAAGGUUAUCUUUCAGAUAGUGAGAAAAUUGAUUACUGAUGUUCUGGAAUUUGGCCUUUUUAAAAAGUUUAUCUGGAAGUAAAGAAGAAAGAUUUGUAUUCACUGCAUCAAAAUGUGACAGAAAAACAACUGUCUAACGAGAUUUUAGGGGAGACAGUGAGCACCACUUGCUGAGCAGCCUACAAAUCUGUAGUGAAUGCCUGUCUAUGCCAUAUUUGACUUGUAGAUACUGCUUUCCACAAAAGCUUUGACUUGGAGUUUAGAUGCUGUGCCUGCCUUUUACAAAAGUCCAAAUGUAUUCCCUGGAAAUCGGUCUCCAGUAGACUUUUAAGGACAAAUGUGUUAACAAAAUGUGCUUGGGUGAAUUCUAUCUUACCAGGCAAUUUGUGACCAUAGCCUAACCUUCUUACCAUGCCUGCUGUCACCUGCCCAUUGUAUUGUAAAGGAGGCCAUGUUAGCAUAAAUCACUAGAAACAAACACUGAAUAGCAUUUGGCUAAGAUCUCCGUGGCAUAACCCUAAAACCAAUUUUGUUGCUGUUUCCUCAUUUUGUGACCUUUGGGUUAUUAAUGUAAUACAAACUUCGUUCAUUUUAUUUGGCAACGUUUUUUCUUUAAUAUCAAUUUUUUCUCCAACCUAAAUCUUGCAAAAUCAAAGUAUAAGAGCAUUGCUCCCAUGCCCCAACUAAACCACUCAUCCUAUUGUAAAGAAAUAGGAACAGACUGCCCAGGCAAGUGAUUGAUUCACCAUCCCUGGAGGUAUUUAAAAGAUAUGCACAUAUGGCCCUAAGGGCCGUGUUUUAUUGGUGAACUUGGCAGUGAUGGGUUAAAGGCUGAACUCUGUGAUCCUAGAGGUCUUUUCCAGGCUAAAUAACCCUAUGAUUCUGUUAAAUUCUUUGGUGAAACCUACUCUUCUGAAACCAUGCUGACCAGUAUUCACUGUGAAAUCUUCCAAAUCAUUGCUGGUAGAGAGUUGUUCCAUUGUUUUGCUAUAGUGUGUCAGAUUAACUGGUCUUUUCCACUUUAACACAGUUGUACUGGUAACUCUUUGAUUCAUAGAAACUUCUCAAUUUGCUUAAGAUUUAUAAAAAUA